CUACUGGUGAAGUAGCAAUGCACGUCAGACGCGGACCGUUUUAAAUACUAUACUAUUAGAUAUUAAGCUGUUAAUUAAAAGUUGCGUGUUCGUCGAUGUAAAUAACAAAUGUGUAAAUAUUUAUAGCAACCGCGCUGCACAUGAUAGUUAACUUUUCUUGACAACUAAAUUUGCAAAUGCUGUGACAUUCAUUACACGUGUGCAAAAUUAUCUUUAUCAGUGAUAUUUACAACAAAAGAAUGUAACCUUGAGGUCUAGGUUCUGUUUUUGUUGUUUUUGUUGACGGAGGCGUGGCAUGACGUCAGCAGCCGUUACUGACAGGAGGAAGUCCCUCCCAAAUUUGGUCAUUUUUAUCACACCUUCCUGCGCUCACGCGGCCGUUCGUAAUGACGGCGUUAUUGGUGCGCGCGCGAGGGCAACUAACCGCGUUUCGAUGUUUCCAGCAGAGUGCAAAGUGGCGGAAUAUCACGGAAAUACCCCUGAGGUUGUCCAGCACUAAAGCCGCCCCGAGCUGCCGAAGAAUGGAUUAUCAGGAUGCCAUUUGCACCCUGAACACUCUACAGACCAAUGCGAGUGCACUGGAGCAGGUGCGCAGAGAGCGGGCUCACCCACAAGUCCAGCUGCAGGCCAUGAGAAGCUUCUUGCAGCGUUCAGGCCUUGCGGUGGAAGAACUUGAUCAUCUUAAUGUCAUACAUGUAACUGGAACAAAGGGAAAGGGUUCAACAUGUGCCUUCACAGAGAAAAUUCUGAGGAGCUAUGGCUUCCGCACUGGAUUUUACAGCUCACCACACCUAGUACAGGUCAGGGAGAGGAUCCGUGUGAAUGGCUGCCCCAUUGGAAGAGACCUUUUCACCAAAUACUUUUGGCAAGUGUACAGCCGGCUGGAGGAAACUAAGGAUGCACACAAUGGCAGUAUGCCAGCGUAUUUCCGCUUUCUGACUAUCCUUGCCUUCCACGUCUUUCUGCAGGAGAAGGUGGACGUAGCAAUCAUCGAGGUGGGAAUAGGUGGUGCCUAUGACUGCACUAACAUAAUUAGGAGGCCGUGGGUUUGUGGCAUUUCCUCAUUGGGCAUUGACCACACCAGCAUUCUUGGGGAUACAAUUGAGAAGAUUGCCUGGCAGAAGGGAGGAAUAUUUAAGCCUGGGGUUCCAGCCUUCAUUGCGAAACAACCAGAGGGACCAAUGGCUGUCCUUCAGGAGAGAGCAGAAGAGAUUGGGUGCCCAUUGUUUUUGUGCCCUGAGCUGGAUCAGUACAAGAGCUCUGUGAAUUUGGGUUUGGCCGGACAGCACCAAUACUCCAACGCCUCACUUGCUUUACAGCUCACACACUGCUGGCUUCAGAGGCGCUGCAACGGAGAUCCAGCAGUUACUUCUGUGUCAGGUUUUACUGGCCUCUGUACGGCUUUCAUUUUUGAACCAAGUCCUCAAAUGCUGAAAGGCCUGGCUGAGACUGAAUGGCUGGGCAGGAAUCAGACCCUGAAGCGUGGCAGUGUCACAUACUUCCUGGAUGGAGCUCACACCACACGCAGCAUGCAGGCAUGUGUUAACUGGUUCAGCACGGUGGCUGCCCAACACGAGAAAAAUGCUGUGGGUUCAGUGGUACGAGUGCUGCUGUUUAAUGCUACUGGAGAACGAGAUUGUGGUGCUAUGCUCAAGCUGCUUGUGCCGUGUCAAUUUGACUUUGCUGUUUUCUGUCCUAACAUCACUGAAGCCAUUUCUGACUGCAAUGCAGACCAACAGAACUUCAACGUGUCAGUAGAGCACAUGCUUAUGCGUUGCCUGGACAAUCAGCAGAGCUGGCGCAUUCUCAGUGGUAUCGAGGAAGAGGGGCCAGAAUCAGAGUUUCUAUUUGGGGGUGGUGUUCAUCUGCCUCGGAGAGAGGAGAGACGUGGUGCCUCACUGGUUUUCCCCUGUAUCUUGAGUGCUCUUCAGUGGAUCACACAGGGACGUGACCCACUUGUAUCCAGUUCCACCAAACACAUCAUGCCUGUCAAAGCUAGUGUCAAUGCUAAAGCAGUGCCACUAAGAGAGGCUGCUAAUGUACAUGUCCUAAUCACGGGUAGCUUGCACCUGGUAGGAGGAACCCUAAAACACCUGGUACCUGCUCUGUCAUCCUAACACAGUAUUUUGUUUGUGUAUGUCACCGGGUAUAGUGUGUGUCCAAUUUAUUUUUGCACACUCACUGUAUAUGAAAAUUGGUGCAGCUGAAUUAAUCUUAAUUUAAUCUUGAGAAAUUUCUGAAUAUUGCUGCUAAGUACAAAGCAGGAGACUAAAGCACUUACCUUUUUCAUCAACUGUGCCUUCCUUCUGUAGGGAAAGUUCACAGAGCCUAUUUAAACACAGUUUAACCCUAGUCUUACGCCCCUAUCAGUUGUCUUAAAUAUCGAAGUAUUUUACUGUGGAACUGAGAUUAAUAUGUUCAGGAUACCAGGAUGCUGGGAUCAUGUAUAUUAACACUGAAUAUAAUGAAAGGAAUGCAGCCAAAACUGCAUACUUGAUGCUGUCAAAUGUGCAAUAUUCCUUGUUUGUGCAUUAUUUUCAUAUACUGCAUUGUUCCCAGUUUACACUGUUUUGAUAUACUAUUUGGUUUGUGAUGUGAUGGACAUGAUUUAAAUGAUUGGAUUAGAUGAUGGCCAGCCAAAUCCAAAGCUAACUUCUCUUUGGUGCAUUUGCUCUGCAUAAAGUAUUGUCUUACACUUAAGUUAGAAUUCCUUGGGCUACACACAAAUUAUGUAACUAACUGUGAAUGUACUUGGUUGCCAUUUAAUUAGUAAGUAAAAAAUAUUAGAUAAUGUAAACAUUAAAGAAGAUUCCAAUUUUCCUUACAAAAAACCAUCUGAGAAACUUGAGCUUUUUUGUAUAAGAAAACAUAAUGUUCUAGAAUUAUUUUUAAGAAUAUUAUUGUUGUUGUAAAAGUAUUCUUAAAAAAUAAUUUGCCUCAAUUCCUAAAAAUAUUUGGAAUAUAUGCUGUUUUGGCCUCAAUAAAAAUAAUUAUUAUUUUUUAUUUGCUCUCAAAUUAAAUGAUUGAUCUUUAUCAAGGUCUUUGUUCCCUGGGGUAUAAUUAGCUGGUGGGUUUUACACUUACCUCAGGGAAAUAAAACAUGAAAAAAGAUUUGUUGAUCCUGUAAUGGAUAUUAAAAAUAAAUCUAAAAAUGGAAUUAAACUAAACUACAACAGUUCUGCAUAUGCCAGUACCUAGUAACUACCACAAGAGGUCCAAGGAAGGACAUCAUGUGAUGGUGUUAUUGAGGCUCAAGCAACAUGCAAUAGAUGGACAUGUUUGCAGCAAACGUGACUAGGGAGCAGUGGAAGAAGGUGGAUAGCCAUGUGUGUGAGAGUCAACUGUGGAAGCGAUGGCAUCAGAAUGUGAAUGUGAAGCUGGCAGAAUCAGUGAGAUGCUCUAGCCGAUGUUCUGCUGGGAAACCUUAGUCUUGGCAUUAAUGUGGAAGUUACUUUAACAUGUACCACCAAAUUUACCAUGGUUUCAGACCAAAUACAUGAGCUUUUCAUUGCCAUAUUUCUAAAUGGCAGUGUCCUCUUUCAGCAGGAUAAUGCACCCUGCCAUACUGCAAAAACUGUUCAGGAUUACUUUUAUGAACAGCAAACCUGCAGGGCUUGAAGGCGUUGGGUCUAAUGUCUACCACAGUUUAUCUUCAAAAGUCUUGCCCCAUUAGGCAUGUGGUUUAAUGUUAUGGCUGAUAUAUAUUUGUCUGUGUGCUCUUAUAUCUGUGUGCUCUUGUAUCUCAUAAAAAUGUGUUUUGCAAACUG